UAUCUUUGCUUACAUUAAAUACUACAAAAGAGACCUUUUAAAAAUACAUGUAUUUUGAAAAUUUAAGACAGGAAACACUUAUUAUCGGUUUACUCAAGCGACAUUUUUUUGUAACUGCAGUCAGGAGAGCAGGAAAUCAUGGCAGACCUUGGCAUCAAAGCAGGAGAAAGAGUGUUGCUGGUGUGGGCUCAGCCGUCGACACCAGAAGCCUUGAAACAAUAUGCUGAGGAACUGGGGGCAGCUGUGGGCGCUGACGGAAAAGUGUCCGUGGAGAACAUGGAGAGGCUGUCACUUUCCUCCCACACAGCUUCUUCCUUUGACUGGGUGCUGUCGUCUCUUCUGGCCGACAGCUCCUCCAUCCACAGUUCAGACUGCUUAGCUGAAAUGGUCAAAGUGCUGAAACCUGGUGGGAAGUUGGUUCUGGAUGAACCAGUUGCAAGCAAAGAAGCAGAAAGUAUCAGGACUGCAGAGAAACUCGUGUCCGCUCUGAAGUUGUCUGGCUUUAUGUCAGUGACAGAGAUAAGUAAAACAGAACUUAGUCCUGAGGCACUGAACUCCCUCAAAGGAAGCACUGGUUACCAAGGAAACACUCUGUCUAGAGUGCGCAUAUCUGCCUCCAAACCAAACUAUGAGGUGGGAUCGUCCAGCCAGCUCAAACUGUCCUUUGGAAAAAAGACGCCUGAGAAACCUGCAUUGGAUCCCAGCACAAAGAAAAUGUGGAUGCUUUCAGCCAACGACAUCAACGAUGAUGAUGUGGAUCUGUUGGACUCUGAUGCUCUGCUUGAUGAAGAUGACCUAAAGAAGCCAGACCCAACUUCUCUUAAAGCAACAAGCUGUGGAGAAGGAGCCGGCAAGAAGAAAAAAGCCUGCAAGAACUGCACAUGUGGGCUUGCCGAAGAACUGGAUCAGGAGAAUAAAGAAAAACAGAAAUCCAACCUUCCAAAAUCUGCAUGUGGAAGUUGUUACCUUGGGGAUGCCUUCCGCUGUGCCAGCUGCCCGUACCUGGGAAUGCCAGCGUUCAAACCAGGAGAGAAGAUAGUCCUUGACAACAACACGCUGACUGACGCUUGAAGCUGAAAGAUUCUGCAGCUCAGGCUUCAGGACUUUAACAUUCCUUUGUUCUCCAUUCACCCUCUGAGGUUUUCAGCAUGCAUAACUGCUGAUAUGGAUCCCAAUAAAAUAUCUGGACAACUGCACAGGAGAAUUCACAUUUAUUAAGAAGCAGGAAUGAAGAUUGAAGUUAAAGGAGAACGUUUCGAUAUUUGUUGCUCACUGUGAUUUGAUACCUGCAGCAUCAGAGGAUACCGGAUUUUUCAUUUGUCAAAUGGAUUCAUGCAAGUGAUAACCAGCAUAUGUUCAGAUGAUACAGUGACGAAACCAUCGGAUUUAGGUGUGGGUUUUUGUUUUAUCAGUCACGUUUCAUUAUUGUAACCAAUCAUUAAAAAUGGGACAGAAGGCUGCAUUGAAACUGGUCAACUG